AUGGCUAGAAUCUCUGCUCUUUUGACAGCAUUGCUGUCUGUUACUCUCACAGUCCAUGCAUUUCCUACGUCCAAUUCAUCACGGCAUUCAUCCUGGCCAGGCUGGGCCGGAAUCAAGUACUGGUUUGUUUUCGGAGAUUCAUACAGCACCACCGGCUUCGACAUCAACGGGCAGCAGCCAUGCCCUGCCAACCCAUUGGGCAACCCACCAUACCCUGGCAACACCAGCUCCAACGGCCCCAACUGGGUCGACUACCUCACAACAACCCACAACACCACCCAACUCCUAACCUACAACCUUGCCUCAGGGGGCGCGACGCUCGACGCGGCCAUCGUGCCGCAAUACCUGCCCUCCAUCCGCAGCGUCAAGCACCAAAUCCAGCAGCAGUUCCUAGCCAACUACACGGGCACGCCGCGCGCCCCCGCCUUCUGGAGCAGCACCAACACGCUCUUCAGCGUCUGGGUCGGCACCAACGACGUCGGCAUGUCGUAUACCACGCACAACGAGAGCUUGUACGAUAGCAUCUUCGCCGAGUUCCGCGCGCUGCUCGACCAGCUCCACGCAACCGGCGCGCGCAACCUCCUCCUCCUCACCGUCCCCCCCGUCCACCGCGCCCCGCUAACAGCCUCCCGCGGCGCGGCACCCAUCGCGCACGAAGCGCGCGCCAUACGGGCCUGGAACGCGCGCGUGGCACAACUGGCGCGCAGCACGCGGGCCGCGCACCGCGACGCCGCGGUCUUUGUUGUCGAUGCCUACGCGCUGUUCGAGGGUGUGCUGGAUGCGCCGGGCCGGUUUGCGCAGACGAGGCAGUUGGUCGAGGUGAGUGGGUUUUGUGGCGCGUAUGAGAGUGGAACGCCGGCUAAAGACUCGUUUCUCCCGGCUUGUGGUGUGCCCGUUAAUCAGUACUUCUGGCUUAAUAGCUUGCAUCCGACGUAUCCGAUGCAUGAGGUGCUGGCGGCGCGGGUCGCGACGACGCUCAAGGAGUGUGAGGCUGGUGCUUGGCCUAAGGAUGUUGGCUUUCAGUGA